UGGACCAUGGAAGAACUUAUAAUGCUGUUUUCUGUUUAUAGAAUAUUGCCCUUGGUAUUUUCUACCAAACAUACAGCAAGUUGGAUUUUAACAUGGUAGGCAAUAUUACUCAUCAACAGAUUGCAUCUUUCUUCCUGGUUGGUAUUCCUGGCUUGGAGAAUGUUCACUGUUGGAUUGGCAUCCCUGUUUGCUUCCUGUUUGUCCUGACCCUGCUGGGGAACAGCAUAGUCAUUGCUACUAUCAAGCUGGAACCAAGUCUCCACCAGCCUAUGUAUUUCUUCCUUUGCAUGCUGGCAAUGAAUGACAUGUGUCUUUCCUCUUCUGCAGCUCUGAAGAUGCUUGGCAUCUUCUGGUUUGAGGCACACUGGAUCAACUUUGAUGCCUGUCUAACGCAAAUGUAUUUUAUCCAUACGCUGUGCAUCAUGGAGUCAGCCAUCCUAGUAGCCAUGGCAUUUGAUCGCUUUGUGGCUAUUUGCAUCCCUCUUCAUUAUGCAUCAAUCCUGACAACAUCUAUGGUGAUUAAACUAGGUCUAGUUGGCCUGAUGAGAUGUGUGCUCAUGGUUUUGCCAUGCCCUUUUCUGAUUAAGAGGCUGCCUUACUAUACAAAAUAUGUCAUCCCUCAUACCUACUGUGAGCACAUGGCUGUGGUGAAGUUGGCAAGUGCCAACACUCUCAUUAACAGAGCAUAUGGAAUUUCAGUGGCCCUUUCAGUGAUAACAGUGGACCUAGGACUCAUAGCAACAUCUUAUGUGAAAAUCCUCCAGUCAGUGUUUCGGCUGUCUUCCCAGAAUGCCCGCUCUAAAGCCCUGGGCACAUGUGCUGCACAUGUCUGCACUAUUCUUGUCUCCUAUAUACCUGCACUGUUUAGCUUCCUAUCUCAUCGUAUUGGCAAGAAGGUUCCUCCAAGUGUUCACAUCAUUUUUGCAAGCAUGUACCUUUUAGUACCUUCUGCGGUUAAUCCAGUGGUGUAUGGUGUCAAGACAAAACAGAUUCGUGAUCGAGUGCUAGAUCUUUUCUUUACACACAAGAAAUUUUCUGAAAAGUAAAAAGUACAAAAACCCUUAUUUUAGUAGAUUAUGUUUUGUACAGCCAG